CCUAGUACGCAAACUCCACCCCACCCCCAGAGCCCGGGGCGGCGCCGUGGCGGCAGCUGGAGUGUGCCCUUCACCCCAUACCCUAAGGAGCGGCCACAAGGGUUCUCCACAACAAAAGUCAAGGAAGGGGACCAUGCAGCUUAUCCACAUUGUUGUUUACCUGCUGCCUAAACUUAUCUGUGUGGGCCAGGAGCCAGGCCUGCAGCUACUCUAGAUGCUACCAGAUGUUCCUCAGCUUCUCUAACUCCUGGACUAGAGCUUCAACAUGUAAAGGGCUUGGAAGCCGUCAUUCUGCAUCUACAACAAGAAAAAAAGUGAACAAACUGAAAAUCGGCAACUUUUUUUAGACCCAUCAGAGCAUUGAGGUCACAGGGCACACCACUACCUCCAAAUCUGGAGACAGAUGAAUAGAGAGAAUUACAGUCAGAAUCAGCAUACCUAGAGCAGAAACUGCUGGAGCCACAAACAGAUAAAAAACCUAUCUCUGUGGAAGAUGCCACCAUAAUAUGCCCAGGAGUAAAGAUAGAGAAGCCAGAUGAGUAAGUGCCUAGCCUGGAGGCCACACGGGCAGCUUUUGCCACCAUGAAGUGUAAAGAAUGUGGGACACCACCUCUCCUGAGGAAGCACUUGUCUGUCUCCAGGAGCGCUCAGGGCAUCCUCCAUACCUGCCCUGGCUGGUGGUCCUCUGAGGUGCUCGGGGAUGCACUGUGGCCCAGGCUCUGCAGAGGAGGGCACGAUGCAGGAGAUGAUGUGCCCCGGGGAUGGUACCUUUGCUCCAGGCAGCCUUUUGGAGCUAAACUCACAUACUCUGUAAAUACAGAGAAGCCGGGAUGGUGACACCGUACUGCCAUCCCUGGUCACUUAGCUCAUGGCCAAGAGGACAUCUGAUCCCAUAUGGGGCUCCUCACUGCCUGGGCAGCCUUCAUUGCAGAGGUUGACCUCGUAGUACUUUGGGAUGAGCUCUCCUUACCCUUGCUGUCUGCUCUGUGGUGGCCCCGAAUGCCUGAUGUUCAAAGUCAUUACAGUGAGGAGAUUACGAGCUACAAUUUGAGCCAAGUGGAAGAAGCGCAUCUGUCCGGCCUCGUGGUCACUGCCUGCCCUUCCUCUGCUGCAGGGAGCUGUGUGUUGACGUCCGCCUGAACCACGGGACCGCCGUCAUCAACAACGAUGUGCACAUCAGCAGCAGGAGCCGUGUGGCCGCCAGGGUGCAGCUCCCGGACCCAGGGCCACCCUGCCCCCUGCGCAGGAGGGCAAGAUGCCCGGGAGGCCAUUGUGGGGAGCAGCGGGCCCUGGGCAGGCCCGGCAAGUAGCCUGUGCAGACAGGCCCCUAAAGCAGCAUCUCACAGGCAGCUCAGGGCCCUGAGCUCCACAUCGAGGAGCUGGACCCGCAUCAGGCUUGGGCAGUGCCCUGGGAGUGUUACUAAAAAGAGCACCUGGGGUACAACUUACUGUCCAGACCUUGCAAACCUCUGCUGUCUCUGUGAAAGCAGUGUCAUUGAAGGCACUUGGAAGGGACCAAUUAGAGCUCUAAACAGAAUCUAGAAACAGUGCUGAGGCUCUGCCCACCCUGGACCCACCUGGCCACCCCCACUGGCCUAAGCCUUGUGCCGGGGAGCUCCAGGCUCCAUCUUGGAUUCCAGCAGGACCAUCAAGGAGCCACCACCAACCCAGGAAAGAGCAAAGGAGCCUGAGGACACAUGUCACAUGCAGACAUGCCCCAUGGUGAUUGUCCCGCAUGGAUGCCAAGGAUGCAGGAUGAAACGGAUGGAGGGAAAACUGGAUACUUUGUGUGACUUUGUUCAGCGCUGCAGCCAGGCACCAUUGAUGUGGUGCCCGCCCAGGGCCAUGGUGUUUUGAGGUCUGGGAACAGUACAGCCCAGUAGGGACCCAUAGCUCCUGGAAGGAUGGUUCGGAUAUUGGCCAAUGGGGAAAUUGUGCAGGAUGACGACCCCCGCGUGAGGACCACUACCCAACCACGCAGUAGCACCCCUCGACAGAGCUUUCUCAGUAGGGGUCAUGGUGCCCCCCUGGGGGGUCCUGGCCCUCGCCAGCAGCAGGCGGGAGCCAGGCUGGGUGCUGCUCAGUCCCCCUUCAAUGACCUCAACCGGCAGCUGGUGAACAUGGGCUUCCCCCAGUGGCAUCUCGGCAACCACGCUGUGGAGCCGGUGACUUCCAUCCUGCUCCUCUUCCUGCUCAUGAUGCUCGGCGUACGUGGACUCCUGCUGGUGGGCCUCGUCUACCUGGUGUCCCACCUGAGUCAGCGAUGACCUCUGGGGGCUGCCGGGGCAGGUGUGUGGGAGAGGGAGCUGCUGGGCCUUGGUGUGAGAGCAGGCACACCGGGAGGGGCUCCAGUGGUGCCUUGAAGGUGUGCUCAGAGAAUGUGUUUCCACUUUGUGUUAAGCAUGAGGCAGAGGAAGCCUCUAUUCCAACAUUCCCAAAGGAUUGGGUGAUACCCUCAUUCCCUUAAGAUUUGUUUAGAUAGUGUCAGGCAUUAAGCACAAAGUCAGAACAAGGAAAGGAUUCCCUUUCCAGUUCUUUUCCAAUCCUUUUAUGCCAAGAAGAAAUUCUCCACCAGGUGCCAAUAUAUUCUCAUGCCUCUGGAACAUGGGCUGACUCCUCCGAUACUAGGGACCAGGCCUUGGGCUUAGGGCAGGUGGGAAAAGUUUCCAGACUUUUAUAGGUCCGUUUUGUUUUAGUGGUAAAUUUUUAUUGGCAACCUUUUAAUUAUGACAAGUGGUACUGGCAUUCUACUCAUUGUGGUGGCAUUUUCAAUAAAGAAAUUUAAGUAAAA